AUGUCGAGGUUGGAUAGAUUGGUGGUGUUGUUGGAAACAGGAUCCACUCCUUUUAUACGAAAUACAGCAGCUGACCAAUUAUCAGAUUUGGCUAAAGGACACCCAGAAGAUACUUUAAACUUAUUAGGAAGAGUUUAUCCUUUCUUAAAGAGUCCUAAAUGGGAAACCAGAGUUGCAGCAGCUCGUGCUUUUGGGAAUAUUGUCAAUCAUUCCCCUAUUUGGGAACCCAAUGGAGAUAAUGAGAAUGAUGAUACUCCUAUUAAAGACGAAGAUAUCCCCAUGAAAGAUGAAAAUGGUGAAGAAAUUAAGGUAAAGACUGAAGAUUUUGAUGAGUUCAAACUCGAACAAGAUAAAGAAUUAGCUAAAAUUAAUGAAAAUUUAGUUAAUUUAGUAAAUUUCAAUAAUUGGGAUUUGAUUGAGAUCUUAAAGAGCAACAAAAAACUUCUUGCUUCUAAUAUUAAUGAUAUUAAUGACUCAUUUAUCAAUCAUGACGACUCAAUUGAUGAUGAAAUAAAUCCUGGAGGUUUAUCGUUAUUGAGUAAAUUCAAACGUCAUAAGACCAAUAAUUCCAUCAAAAGUGAGGUUGAUGAAAUCAAGCAAGAAAUUAAAAGAGAAGCUAAAUCCGAGAUCAAAGAAGAAGUCAAGGUGGAGGAAAAACCUAUUAAGGAAGUCUCGGCUGCUAGUAAUGCUAGAUUGAAAGCUAUGCAAAAAAGAAGAGCCAAAGCUAAUGCUAAAGCAGGAUUUAAGAAUAAACAACCAAUAGAUUUAAGUCAAAGUUCCAUAUCUACUAAAAUGAUGCAAGACCCCAAUAACUUGACAGAAGUCAAGGAAGAAGUCAGUUUCGAUAUAACGUCACAACAAGGAGGUGAAAAAUUGGUAUUAGAGACCAAAGUAGCUGAAUUAUCUCCUAUUUUGAAUCAACAUUCCAAAGUUGCUGGAUUAGUAUGGCAAUUUCAAGGAGUUUUCGAAUUGUUAGUUGAUGAUUUAUUCGAUGAUAAAUGGGAAAUAAGACAUGGUGCUUGUCUUGGGAUAAGAGAAUUAAUCAAAAAACAUGGGAAAUCUGCUGGGAAAAUUAAGACCAACACCAAAGCAGAAAAUACCAAAAACAAUAGUGCCAUUUUAGAAGAUUUGGCUGUAAGAUUAUGUACAUUAUUUGCAUUGGAUAGAUUUGGUGAUUAUGUUUCCGAUACUGUGGUUGCACCAGUUAGAGAAAGUGGUGCUCAAGCAUUAGCUGCAUUAUUGAUUCAUUUAGAUGAAGAUGUUCUUUUAAAGACUUUCAGAGCUUUGAAUAAGUUAGUAUUACAAGAAGGUUAUUUCCCCAAAUGUUGGGAAGCUAAACAUGGGGGAAUGUUGGGAGUCAGAUAUUUCGUUAGUGUAAGGACUGAGAUAUUAACAUCCAAACCAGAAUUGAUCAAUGAUGUUGUUUCAAUGGUUUUGAAUGGUUUGGAAGAAAGUGAUGACGAUGAUGUUCAGCUGGUAUCGGCGUUGACAUUAACUCCUUUGGUCAAUGAGUUCAUUACUUAUAAAAGAGAAUUAAUCCAAGUUCUUUUAAAAACCAUCUGGGAUUGUUUAGUUAACUUGAGAGACGAUUUAUCUGCAUCUAUAGGAUCAGUGAUGGAUUUGUUAUCUAAAUUAUCCACCCAUCAAGAAGUUAUUGAUAUCAUGGAGAAACAAGCGGUGAGUGAUUCAAAUUCAAGUUUCGAAAACUUAGUUCCUAGAUUAUACCCAUUUUUAAGACAUUCCAUCGCCAACGUUAGGAAAUCCGUAUUGAAGACCAUCUUGGAAUUCUUAUCCAUAAAUAACCCUAACACCAAAACUUGGAUCAAUGACAAAACCUUGAGGUUAAUAUUUCAAAAUAUGUUGGUGGAACAAAAUGAGGAAGUAUUGAGAUUAUCAUCAACAGUGUACAGUAAGAUCGUAGAAGAGAUCAAUAGCAAUGAGUUGCUUAAUAUCGAUGAAAUAUUCACUCCAAACUUCGCUCCAUUAUUGACUUUAGUCAUGACUCCUAUUGGUAUUGCUAGACAUAAUUAUAGGAUGAAAACCAAUUUAAUCAUGAGACCUUCAGGUAAAAUGGUUACCAACGGCUAUGAUAGUAAUGGUAAUUCACGUAGAAAUUCAAUUUCUGACUAUGAAGAAGAGCCAGUUAAUGGAAGGAAAAAGCGGAAAAAUUCCACAGAAAAACCAGAAAUUCCACUUCUUGAUCUCAAGGUUAAUAUUGAUACUCCUAUAUUCAAUGGGGACGUGUUAUUGGUGGGUUAUGAUGUGUUCAUAAGAACAAGAACAGCUUCAGCUAAAGCUUUUGGUGAGACUUUGUCCAUAAUAGGAAAUCAUUCUCUUCUCACAGGGUUCUUAACCAACAUCCAUAACUAUUUCAAAUCCAACCAUUCGGCCCCUCGAUUAUAUUCUGCUAUCAUCAUUCAAGAAUAUUGUCACCAUGUGAACACCAAGAAGAUGGAAAUACCAUCAAUGAUCAAAGAAUUAUAUAUGAACGAUGUGAUGAAAAUUUUAACCGAACCUGAAACCUUACCUCAUUAUAGGGAAUUAGUACCGACUUUGAAAGUAUUAAGAAGUAAUUGUGUACAAUUAUUUGAUGUUUUCAUCAACCAAGCUAAAGUUUCUCCCAACAAGAUUCCUCAAUUACCUAUUAUCGUUCAAGGAGAAGCUGAAGCUGGACCUAAUGCUUUCGGAGUUGAAAAUGCCGAAAAACUUGUUAACGAAACUUACAAUAAAUUGUUGAAGAACUUAUCACCUACCUACAAGAUGACAUCAAUUAAGGCUUUAGAAGAUGCUAAGACCAAUAUUCUUUCAUCUAUUGAAGAUUGUAAGAAUACUAAAAAUUCCCGUACUUUUGGAAUUUUAUCAACCUAUGCUUCUAUUGUAUUAGAAGUUGAUGGUAUACCGAAGAAAUUGAAUCCUAUAAUCCGUUCAUUCAUGGACAGUAUCAAGAAUGAGGAAUCAAGGUUAUUACAAUUAAGAUCAGCUUCAUCGAUUUCUCAAUUAGUAGAGAAAUUAUAUGAAUUACAAAAGAAUAAUGUUGGUGAUAAGAUCAUUAAGAACUUGUGUGGAUUUUUAUGUGUUGACACUUCUGAAGUUCCUGAGUUCCAUCAUAAUGUUCAAUUCACCACUAACGUUUUGAGUUUAAGAAAAGAAGAAGCCAAAACCGAUCCAGUAGAUAUCGCUACUCAUGAAAAGGCUGUUCAUGAAGCUAAGAUCAAAAGACAAGGUGCUUUAUUAUCAUUUGAAUGUUUGUUGAAGACUUAUCAAGAGAAUUUAUUCAAAGAUAUUCCAAAGUUGAAAGAAUUGAUCUUUGAACCUUUGAAAUCCCUUACUAAACCAGUGGAAGAAUUAACAAACGAUGAAUCCAUAGGUCAAAGUAUUGUUGAUGCUUUAGGUAUAUUACGUGCUUUAUUACCUCGUAUGAAUGAAAGUCUUUAUAAUGAAGUUACUGAUAAUUUAAGUUUAUUAUUACCAGGAUUCACCUCGGAGUUAUCAGUGUUCCGUUAUUCUACUGCCAAAUGUUUUGCUACUAUUGCAUCUAUUUGUCCAAUUGAAGGUUUCACUUUCUUGAUAAAAUCAAUCUUGCCUAUGUUAAGUAAUGCUGGAGAUUUGAAGGAAAGACAAGGUGCUAUUGAAACCAUCUAUCAUUUAUCAAGUACCAUGGGGUCAGAUAUUUUACCUUAUGUGGUAUUCUUGAUUGUUCCAGUAUUAGGUAGAAUGAGUGAUUCUGAUGGUGAUGUUAGAAUCUUAGCUACUACUACAUUUGCUUCAAUCAUUAAAUUAGUACCUUUAGAAGCUGGUAUACCUGAUCCUCCAAAUAUGCCACAAGAAUUAUUAGAAGGAAGAGAUCGUGAAAGAGAUUUCAUUCAACAAAUGAUGGAUCCUACUAAAAUCCAACCUUUUGAUUUACCUGUUUCCAUUAAAGCUACUUUAAGAAAGUAUCAACAAGAUGGAGUUAAUUGGUUACAUUUCUUAAAUAAAUAUCAUCUUCAUGGUAUUUUAUGUGAUGAUAUGGGAUUAGGUAAGACCUUACAAACCAUCUGUAUAGUAUCAUCAGAUCAUUAUUUGAGAGAUAAGAAAUUCACCGAAACUCAACUGGUUGAAUUCAGAAAAUUACCUUCAUUAGUGGUUUGUCCUCCAUCAGUUACUGGUCAUUGGGAACAAGAAAUCAAUCAAUAUUCUCCUUUCUUGAAAGUCUUGGUGUACGUUGGAGGUCCAAGUAUAAGAUCAACUUUAAGAGAACAAUUAGAUAAAGUCGAUAUUGUGGUGACAUCUUAUGAUGUUUGUAGAAACGAUGUGGAGAUCUUGGGUAAUCAGAACUUCAAUUAUUGUGUUUUAGAUGAAGGUCAUAUUAUCAAGAAUUCUAAUUCCAAACUUACUAAAUCAGUCAAGAAGAUCAAAGCCGAACAUAGAUUGAUUUUGUCCGGUACACCAAUUCAAAACAAUGUGUUAGAAUUAUGGUCAUUAUUUGAUUUCUUAAUGCCAGGAUUUUUAGGUACUGAGAAAGUAUUCAAUGAUAAGUUUGCUAAACCAAUUGCUGCCAGUAGGAAUAGUAAAACCUCAUCACGUGAACAAGAAUUAGGAGCUUUAGCUUUGGAAUCUUUACAUAAACAAGUUUUACCUUUCAUGUUGAGAAGAUUGAAAGAAGAUGUGUUAUCAGACUUACCACCUAAAAUCAUUCAAGAUUACUAUUGUGAUUUAUCCCCAUUACAAAAACAACUUUAUAAAGAUUUUGCCAACAAACAAAAAUCUACAAUUGAAAAAGGGAUCAGUGAAGGGAUCAGUGAUGAAAGUCAAGAGAACAAAACUCAUGUUUUCCAAGCUUUACAAUAUAUGAGGAAAUUAUGUAAUCAUCCAUCAUUAGUAUUAACAGCCAAACAUCCUAAAUAUAAUGAAGUAGUGACAGAUUUGAAAGCUAAAAAUUCAUCCAUCACUAAUAUUGAACAUUCACCAAAGUUAGUUUCAUUGAAGAACUUGUUAUUGGAAUGUGGUAUUGGUGUUAAUGAUUCAGAAUUAGCUACCAAGAAGAAAAAAGAUCAACUCAUCACCAGUGAAGGGGUGAUUUCUGAACACAGAGCUUUAAUCUUUUGCCAGUUAAAAGAUAUGUUGGAUAUUGUUGAAAAUGAUUUAUUAAAGAAAUAUCUUCCUUCAGUAACAUAUAUGAGAUUAGACGGAUCCACUGAUCCAAGAGACCGUCAAAAAAUUGUAAGGAAAUUCAAUGAAGAUCCAUCAAUUGAUCUUCUUUUGUUAACCACCAAAGUAGGUGGUUUAGGUUUAAAUUUAACUGGGGCUGAUACAGUUAUCUUUGUGGAACAUGAUUGGAAUCCAAUGAAUGAUCUUCAAGCCAUGGAUCGUGCCCAUAGAUUGGGACAGAAGAAAGUCGUCAAUGUCUAUAGAUUGAUUACAUCCAAUACUUUGGAGGAAAAAAUCAUGGGAUUGCAGAAAUUCAAGAUGAAUAUCGCAUCAACGAUUGUUAAUCAACAAAAUGUCGGGUUGACAUCAAUGGAUACUAAUCAAUUAUUAGAUUUAUUUGAUGUUGAUGAGAAUAGUAAUAAGUUAGUUGAAGAACCUGAAGAAGAUAAAAAAGAUGAUGAUGUUUCUAAAGAUGUGGGAUUAACAGGUAAAGCUGCUGAAGCUGUAGGAGAAUUAGGUGAUUUAUGGGAUGAAAAUCAAUAUGAAGAAGAAUUCAAUUUGGAUAACUUCAUCAAAACCCUUAAAUAG